AUGGCGAGCCCCGCGCCGACGGUCGGACUGACUGUUCCGGACGACGCUGCGACCGACAUCGAGCUCGAUAGCACAGGCGCAGGGUCCCCACCCAACAUCAGCUUCGAGGUCCCGCUGCCCCACCAAGGUGCAAGCAGCGAUAUCAAAGUUUCAAAUGCAGGAACAAGCGACAAUGCAGCUCAAGAGGCAUCACGUUCAACGCUAGAAGCUGCCCUCGGCGAAGUGCUCGUCAUCAGCGGAGGCAGCGGCUACAAUGACCUCGUUGGAGCGACACCUGGCGCAACAUACGUGAUGCCCAUCUCUGACAAUGGCGGCUCGUCAUCCGAGAUCAUCCGCGUCCUCGGUGGUCCUUCCAUCGGCGACCUCCGUUCCCGCCUCAAUCGACUCAUCCCCACGCCCUCUCGUCACGACCUAUCCUCCUCACCCUCCACCGUCCCACCACCUUCCUCAAACGAAGCGAUCCACAAUCUCCUCUCCUACCGUCUCCCCUCCACCGGUUCCUCCCGCUCGAUCAAGCAGGAAUGGAUGGACAUCCUCGAAGGUCGUCAUCCGCUCUGGCGCGGGAUCGAGCCCGAACGCAAAGAGGUCAUUCGUGGCUUUCUGGUCCAGUUCGAAUCCGAAGUGCUCCGUCGCGCCCAUCGCCACUUUAACUUUCGCGGUGGUAGCAUCGGCAACUUCUUCCUGGCGGCUGCACAGAAGUUUUUCAGGUCGAUUCAGAGCGCCAUCUUCCUCUUUUCGGCAACGACGCAGAUUAGCGACUCACUGGCAAGCAAAGUCAUUCCGGUCAUCAAUACAAAUCACACCGCGACGAUCGCGGCCGAAUUGGAGGGUGGGGAGAUCCUGGUCGGGCAGUGCGAGAUCUCGCAUCCUGCACGGAGGAAGGAGGGGAGGAGGGGAGCGCCAGCGACGCUAGGUGGGCUGGGACAGGCUCCGGGAACGCCAUCCUCGGCGGUGUGGGAUACUCAGCAGCAUCAGCAUCAAGAUCCGAACCUGCUGACAGCAGACGCGAUGCAGGGGCUGGGACUGGCGGACGCCGGACCAUCCACGCCAGGCUUCGGCCCACCAGCGCACUUUCACAUCAACGAGCCAUUCGCUUCGUCCAACUAUACGUCGAUGAAUGGCAGUGUCGAGGCGGUCAAGGAUGCUGCGACGGGCAAGCUGGGUUCGGGUUCAGCAGCCACGCCAGCUAGAGGCGUCGCAGCGGGCGCCAGUCCUCUCUUUGCACAGCUGGACGACGAGCGCGCCGCUGUCUACGCCGCGCAGACACGCAAGGGUCUCACCACAGUCGGCAACCUGAAAGACGGCCUCGACCCGGAGGACGACGAUGCCGACUCGCAAGAUGGCCAAGACAACCCGGACUCGCCUGCCGCCAACAGUGCUGCAGAGGACGACCCCUCCAAACCUCCCCCCAACCUGUCGACAAAGAGAACGCCGGAGAAGACGGGCAACAUCAUCUUCACCAAGACGGACGAGUCUUCGGCUCUGCCCUCGCGCAUCGCACGCAUCCUCUACGUCAACGCCUAUCGAAACGAGAUCCACCCCGCACCCAAUCCCUCCUUCCUCGCUGCACUGGGUCGCAGUCGAACGCUGAUCUACUCGUGCGGGUCGUUGUGGACGAGCAUCGUCCCGUGCCUUGCGCUGCGCAGUGUCGCGAGCAGUAUCGCGACCAGUCCGACGUUGCGCUGGAAAGUUCUGCUGUUGAACUCGGUCCAGGAUCGAGAGACGAGGGGGAUGGAUGCGAGGGAUUUUGUGGAGGCCAUUUGCGGGUCGUUGAAUCGUAGCGACCCGGGAGAGUGGCAGGUGAGAAGGUUGAUAACGCAUGUGGCGUACUUUGAGGACGGUCAGGUAGGGGUGGAUGAGAGGGCGUUGGAGGAGUUGGGCGUGCGGUGUGUGAGGGUAAAGCCGAGACUGAGGGGGAAAGAUGGGUUGCCCAAGUUCGACGAGGAGAGCGUCAGGGAGGCGCUCGCCAAGAUCACAAUGUAG